AUGACGGAGAGCGAGUAUUACGAGCUAGCCGACCCCUUGUUGAGUGGACUCACCGCCACGGAAAUCUCUUUAAUAGCGCACCUGCUCGGAGUCACAGAACAAUUCCUCUACGCCAGCAGAUAUCUGAAUCCGCUCAGGGAGCAGGACCCUUUCAUGGUCUACUUUGAGCCACUGAUCAAGAAGGGACUGCAAGUCUUAAUUCUUGGUAGCGAUAUUCUGGAUUUAAUGGAGAGAAUCCAGCGUCCGGCGACGUACUGGGGCAGUCGAAUUGCGGAGGUAGAGACCAAUGGCGGACUCAUACAUACGCCUGAAAUUUGGAUCGUGGCAAUACGCCCCAACCAGCCCACGUACGAAGCGCCAACAGAGCUCGCGGCAUCUGAAGAGCCAUUUGACGCCUUAGUCCAGCCUGUGGAGAGCAAAUACAUGUACAGAGACCCCGAUACGAGCAUGCUGGUGAUGUGGUUAAAGGGUACGGGCGUAUACUGGACUACGCGCGGGCGUCAAAAAACCAUGACGGAUUAA